AUUCUAUAUAUAUAAAAAAAAAUAACCAAGAUGGCAGCGAGUAUUUGUAGGAAAAAUAUCUUUUACAGUAUUUGCAGACGAAAUUUUGGCCACAAGAGAAGUUUUUCGAACAGUUAUAAAUUUACAAAAUGUAAAAUCAACCGAGCAGUCGUUGCUGGUUUGUCAACAGCGUGUUUUGUCUCGUUUAGCGCAUUUUACGCGAAAUGGAAAGGGAUUUUACAAGUUCAUGCAGAUGAAGGGGAGGAGAAAAAGGCGAAGAAAUCACCGACGUACAGAGAGAUGCGGUUCCUGCACUUCGCCUCGGUGGAAUACAAAGGAGUUAUCUACAUGACGCCUCAGGAUUUCCUAGAAUCCGUCACAGAGGACAUGCCACGACCAAGGAUUGGAAGAACAGGUUUGACUGAGAGUGAGGUUGAAAGCUGGCUGAAGCGUACACCGAACAGGCGAUAUGGCAGUACCAAAUUAUUUCGCAAUCUACAUGACAAAGGUCUCAUCUCUUACACAGAAUACUUGUUCCUGUUGUGUGUUCUCACAAAGUCCAAGUCAGGCUUCCGCAUAGCUUUUAAUAUGUUUGAUACUGAUGGGAACCAGAUAGUGGACAAAAAAGAAUUUCUUGUGUUGGAAACCUUCUUCACACUUCCCCCUCAGGAAAGAAAAUUUGUCCCCAGAGAACGGAAAAAAUUACAAGCCUUACUUGAUCUUGAAAGUGUUUUCAGUAAGAAGAAAGAUGCACCAAAAUCUGACGAUCCACUUAACAAGUCCAUAGGACCGGUGCAGGACACCACUCUUCUGGUACACUUCUUUGGUUCCAAGGGCAAGGACGUUCUCAAAUAUGAAGAUUUUCACAGGUUUAUGGAGAACCUUCAGUCCGAGGUGAUAGAACUUGAGUUUCUGGAGUUUUCUAAGGGCCUAGCCACAAUAUCCGAGGAAGAUUUCGCUCGUAUCCUGUUACGAUACACAAUGUUAGACAAGUCGGAUGUAGAGGAGUGUAUCGCCCGUGUCAAGAGCAGGGUCCCAAGUGAAAAGGGCAUUUCUUUUGAAGACUUUAGGAAAUUCUGUCAGUUUUUGAACACACUAGAUGACUUUACCAUAGCAAUGAAGAUGUAUACAUAUGCAGACCAAGCUGUUUCCAAAGAGGAUUUCCAGCGAGCUGUGUUUGUAUGCACCGGUUCCAACUUAAGUCCACACUUGGUGGAGACCGUCUUCAACAUUUUCGAUGCGGAUGGCGAUGGACACCUCAGUUACGUAGAAUUCAUCUCAAUCAUGAAGGAUCGCCUUCACAGGGGGUCAAGGUCACAGUUGAUGCACACUCAGGACAAAUGGACGGCAUUUAAAUCCUGUGUAAAGAACGAAAUGAAGACGUAUAAUUAAGGGACAAGAGAUCGACAUCUUUUCAAUGGUACAUAUAUGUACAGCUGAAACUUGACUUACAGUGGGUCAUUGCAUUUCCUUCUUGUCAUGCUAAAACCAUUUCCAAAUGUUGAUUUUGCAAGUGUUAUAAAGAAAAGUUGGCAUCAAAUCAUACAUAUCAAUUUUAGUGCAUCAACUGAGAUUUGAACAUUGCCAUUGAUUCGAAUAUCUCAAUUUGCGUAGCUUUUUGUAAUUGGAAUUUAAAUCUAAGUUUGUCAUGAUGUUUGUUGGAUGGAUUUGAACAUCCAUGUCCAUUUUAGCAUCAAUUCAGAAUUUUUCAAGAACACUGGAAAAAGUUUUUUUGAAAUCAAUACAUGUAAGUAUAUAAACAAGUUUGUUGUAGCUAAGUCUUGUGAUAUUAAGUAAUUUGUUGUGCUUUAAAAUCAUGCAAAUGGCAAACCCACUGCCUAGAUCCUGUGAUAACCUCUGAAAUUUUUUGUUGGUAAGGGAAAAUACGUGUUCAGUUCUUAUUGUUUUAUGUACUGAAUAUAUGCUCUUUCUGUCUGUGUUAUGGACACUGUGUUCCUCGUGUGUGUUAUGGGAACAUUAUGUUCCUCUGUGCGUAUGUUAUAGACCCACUUUGCUACUGUAUGUGUGUGUAUGGACACUGAAUCCCUUGCCAGUGUUUCGUUAUUUCGAUUGUGUACGUUGAUACACUCAAAUCUUGUCACUAUUUUCCUCUAUUUAUUGUAUUUAAUAAAUUCUUUUUACCAGUA